CCCACUGGUCACCACACCCAAGGUGAUGGAGAGAUUGCAUAGAGGAGUGAGGGGGAUGAUCUGUCAGCGGCAUUCUUACCUUUCAGCACACACGAAGCCCAUCCCACUUCGGCAACUAUAUAACCAAGAAGACCAAAGUUACUCUCUCAGCUGCAGAUCAACUCCAGUGAUCCUACCUGGUUCAGAUCCAGACCCUUCAAUAUGUCUUUGAGCAACAGAAGCUUCAGGCAGAACACCAUGAGUGUCUACGGUGGAGCAGGAGGUUAUGGCACCCGUAUCUCCUCAUCCCAGAAGAGCUAUGCAACACCAAGCUUGAACCUUGCUGAUGGUCUUGACCUCCAUGUUGGGGCCAACGAGAAGGCCACCAUGCAGAACCUGAAUGACCGUCUGGCUGCCUACCUGGAGAAGGUGCGCACCCUGGAGAAGGAGAACGAACGCCUGGAGAAGCUGAUCAAAGAGUGGUACCAGAGCAGAACCGUGGUCUCCUUUGACCACUCUGCUUACUUCGCCACCAUUAAGGAUCUGAAGGAAAAGAUUUGCGUUGCCUCCAAGCUCAAUGUCAAGACUAUGCUGGACGCUGACAAUGCAAAACUGGCUGCUGAUGAUUUUAAAGUGAAGUAUGAGAACGAGCUGGCCGUGAGAAUGACUGUGGAGGCCGACAUUGCUGGAAUGAAGAGGUUAAUGGAUGAGCUCAACCUAUCCAGGAUGGAUCUGGAGGGUCAGUAUGAGUCCAUGAAGGAUGAGCUUAUUGUGCUCAAGAAGACCCACGAUGAGGAGUUGGCUCUACUGAGGGCUCAGAUGGGUGGCCAGGUUAAUGUGGCCGUCGACGCUUCUCCCUCUCUAGAUCUGAACCAGGCCAUGGCAGAGAUCAGGCAACACUACGAGGGCGUGAUCGCCAACAACCGCAAGGAGAUCGAGUUGUGGUAUCAAAACAAGAUUACAGCUGCGGAGCAGGAAGUGCACACACAAACUGAGAUUCUGGUCACAACACAAAGAGAUCUUAAAGAGCUGAAGAACAUUCUCCAGAGGCUUGAGAUCGAACUGCAGUCCCAUUUGAGCAUGAAAGCGUCUCUGGAGGGGACUCUGAGAGAGACUCAGGAACGCUAUGCCACACAGCUAGCAAACCUCCAGAAUAUGGUCACAAGCCUGGAGGCUCAGCUGUCCCAGAUCCACAAGAAUAUCACCUACAACAAGCAGGAGUAUGACAUGUUGCUGGAUCUCAAGACCAGGCUGGAACUGGAGAUUGCAGAGUACAGGAGACUGCUGGAUGGGGAAGAUGAAAGCUCAAAACAAGUGGUCACAAAGGUCAUCACAGUGGUGGAGACAGUUGUGGAUGGAAAAGUGGUGGAGAGCAGCAAGACUGUGGAUGUGGAAACUGAGUGACGAACUGGAAGCAUUCACAACAAAUAAACAAUAAAGAUCAUGUAGCUGAA